GCCGGUAGAAUUACUAGUACGUGUACCUACAUACGUGAGGCCCGACCGGCCCGAGAGCCCAGCUUGCGACAGUUGUUGCUCGGUCGCUCUCAAGGAGCCAUCUCGGCUUCGACAUAAGCCGGUUCCGUUCGAAGGGUUUCCAGUAAAAAGAAUCUUCGAAGACAUCUCAAAGGAGACUCCCAAAGAAAUUAUCCAGUAACAUUUAACGCACUUCCAAGGGACUAUCAAGGGACUCUCGCGAGGAUCUGUCGACAGGACUAGGAGGACUUUAUUAAUUAGUUGGACGUCGGUUGCAAGAUUUCGGGAUGGUGAAUCUGAAGAACGCCUUGGGCGCUGACGAGCUCACCAACAAGAAGGUCGGUCUCCCUCGCGCCCUUCUGGCGGAAUUCCUCGGCACCUUAUUCCUCAACUUCUUCGGCUGCGGUGCCGUGCUGACUGAAAAUGUCGUCGCCAUCAGCCUGGCCUUCGGUUUGGUGGUGGCUGGCGUAAUUCAGGGGAUAGGACACAUUUCCGGAGGUCACAUCAAUCCGGCGGUCACGCUCGGUCUCACCGUCAUCGGGAAGGUACCAAUUAUCAGGAGUAUUUUGUACGUCGUGGCGCAAUGCGCGGGUGCUAUCGCGGGUUCGGCGAUUCUGAGGGCCCUUUCAGCCGAGUCUCCCAUUUCACGGCAUCCGGUCGAAACCGUAUUGGGCGCGGUGAAGCUUUCCGAACAGAUUACUCCAGUACAAGGAUUCGGCGUGGAGUUCUUCCUCGCGUUGAUCUUGGUGCUGGUAGUUUGCGGGGCGUGCGAUGCCGCUAAACCGGACAGCAAGGGCAUCGCGCCCCUCAUAAUCGGCCUGACAGUCACCGUCGGUCAUCUCGUCGGAAUACCGCGGACGGGUGCGGGGAUGAAUCCGGCGCGUUCGCUGGGCAGCGCCGUGGUGAUGAGCUCUUUCGAUAAUCACUGGGUGUACUGGGUGGGCCCGAUCAUGGGCGGUAUCGCCGGUGCACUCAUCUAUGUGCAUGCUAUCGGACCCGCCAAGCAACCGGAAGCGCCCGCCAGGACUUACAACUCCGUCGCCACCGAGGAAAAGGAGAGGUUCGAGUACAUUGACAGCGGACGUGGCGGACUUUAAGAUACGAAGAUGCCCAGACGUACAAGAGCGAUCUAGCGAUUCGCCCGAAUAGAAUAAGACUUCCGCGAUAAAAAAAAAUAACGAAAAGGGAACAGCAAACAUGAAAACGUCCUUGUUUUACAGCUCCAGAAUCUUACCAGCAGGAAAACCGUCAGCCCCGCUUGACGCUCUUAACCGACUCUAACCGUCUUCUUCUGCCAACUCGCCAAUCAUCUUGUAUCGACAAUGUCAUAAGAACUAUCGGACAGCUUUUUCUUAUGUAAAAACCGCGCGUGUAUUUCA